GUUUUAUCCCUCAGUGAGCGGCACGCUCUCAGCGGUGCUGAAAACAACCACCAUACUCGAUGACAUUCCAGCGCAAUGUCAGAUCGUUUGGGGCAAACUACCAAGGGGAAGGAUGGCAAAUCGAAGUACUCCUCUCUCAGUCUGUUCGAUAAAUACAAAGGAAAGUCACUAGAAACCCAAAAGCAUUCAGGAGUUGUCCCUCGACAUGGCUUGCAGAGUCUUGGCAAAGUGGCUGCUGCCCGGCGCAUGCCCCCGCCUGCCAACCUUCCCAGCUUAAAGGCUGAGAACAAAGGAAACGACCCAAACGUGACCAUUGUACCAAAAGACGGAACAGGAUGGGCAAGCAAACAGGAGCAGCAGGACCAAAAGAAUACCGCUGUGUCAGUAGUACAGCAGCCAGAGUUGCCAUCGCAGCCGGCUUCGCAGACAUCUGCCUGCAGUGCGCCAAAGCCGGUACCAGUCCACGAGAACACAAAUUCAGCACAAGGUGGAGCAAAGUCAUGGGCACAAUUGAAGGCAAAGCCAGUAGGACCAGGAGGCGGAAGAGGAUCAAACAAGCAGUUACCAUUCUCUCAAGAGGAAUUUCCAACAUUGAAAGCAGCUGGAGACCAGGAAAAGGCUGGAAAAGAAAAGGACAUCACAGAUCAGUCAUAUGGGCCAGGACCAAGCCUCCGCCCACAGAAUGUAGCCAUUUGGAGGGAGGGCGGUGGGCGAAACCUGAACCCCACGGCAGCACCGACUCCGCCGCCUGCACCACUACCAGAGGUGGAAACCAAAGGCUCAGACCAAGAAGAUCCAGUGCACACACCAGUGUCAUCAAGUGACCCUAAGGAGCCUUCGCUGCGCCCUGCAACUCCGUUAAGGAGGGGACUGGGAAUACCUCUGCAGGCUGGGACUCACCAGUUCCCCGCCACCUACCGUGAUAUGUUGCCUACAUUUAUGUGCUCACCACAAUCACGGGGUCCUCAGCCGACUCCAGUCUUUGGUCCACAAGGGUCCUUGCAGUAUCCGUUCCAGCCACCUGAGCCAAUUAGGUAUCCCCGGGGAGUGGCUCGUCCUAGUCGCCCAGCGAGGCCCACCCGGCGACCAGGUGAGCUGUCCGAUCGACCUGCCAUUGUCAAUCCGGAUGAUCUCAAAGAGCUGGAUCAGCUGGACAUUGAAACAGAAGAUGGAUGGGCAGGUGAACACGAGGAGGUAGAUUACUCAGAAAAGCUGAAAUUCAGUGAUGAUGAAGAUGAAGAAAUGUCAAGAGAGCGAAAAGAGAAAUGGGAAAGGGACAUGAAAAUAGUACGGCAUCGGUCUUUAACUACUAAGCUUGAUGAAAAAGUGGAGCCUUCUAUGUGCAGUGAAUCCAUUUGGAGUAACCCAUUAUCCUCCAGCCAGUCAAACCAUGUCCUGCAGGAUCCUGAGCCACGGUGGAACCUAUCUACUGCUGAGACAAGGGCUGGAGUCUUCCAAAAACUAGCGGGAGUUAAUAGAUGGGCAGACACUCAUGUUGAGAAAGAUGAAGUAUGGCGACAGCGGCCAAAUCCUGGCACCAGUGAACGCUCUGAGGCAUUGGAACGUGUCAGGAGAAGGCGUGAAGAGGAGGAACGACGGGCCCAGGAAGAGCGACUAGCCGCCUGUGCUGAAAAACUGAAGAAACUUGAUCAAAAACGUGGAGUGAUAGAGAACUCUGUUAAAUUUGAUGGUCGGAAAAAGGAUGAUGGUGAAACUAAGGAGAGCAAGGACUUUAUGCCUCUAUCUGCACAGCAGAAACCCUACACUGACAACAAGCAGAAUUUACCAAAAGGGGGAAAUGUUCCAAGGUACUUGUCAGGGGAGCAGAUGUCUGAGCAGGAAACGGCAAAGUUGAGGAGGAUGACUGAUGGUGCAAUCGAAAAGUCUGAGCUGCCUGUGGAGCUUCCUGUUGAGGAUAAGGUGAAAAAAGAAGUUGCUGCAGGGAUUGCAGCAAGUGAUGAAGAAAAUAGCAGGCAAGGAAAUGAGCCAGUACUGCCUGUUCAAAACUACAGCAAGUUCCACAAGUCUCUGCCACCUCGGUUCCAACGACAACAGCAGGAGCAGCUGUUAAAGAUGCAGCAACGGCAACAGCAACAAGGACCUGUCAUGACACCAUCUGUUGCACCACCUCAUUCCCAUUCACAGAGGCACAUCUAUGCCAGCCCAGUUGGCCCACCACCACCUCAAAUGCUUGGCUAUGAUCCUCGUUGGAUGAUGAUGCCUUCAUACAUGGAUCCUCGACUGAGCCCAGGAAGGCCACCAAUUGACUUCUACCCAUCAGGUGUUCAUCCCUCUGGAAUAAUGAAGCCUGUAAUGCGCCCAGAUCGCUCAGACAGUGCGACCUCAGGGUCAGAGCAGCAUGACCGGUCUCCCAUUCUGCUACAGGAGAGAAGAACUCCACCUACAGAACCACAAUUCAGCUGGGGUCAAGAGGACUAUCCACCACCUCCAAACAGAACUUUUAUGUUAACCUCUCAGAGAUCGCAAGAGGAUAAUGUUGCCAAAGACAGAAAUGUCAGGGAUGAAAGGCUUCCCACUCCACCUGCUGUGAGGGCAGAUUCCAUUUCCCAGCAAGCCAUGAAGAUACAGCGGGAUCCAUUUGAGGAGCAGAUAGAUGAUUACAGGGUUGCACCAACAGACAAAUUGUUGAAUAUGGUUUGUUUGGAGCCACAGAGUGAACUAAUAAAAGACCGAAGGCCUGAUGUAUCUCCAAAUGUGUCGUCGGUGUUAGGCCGGGAUGUUUUUUUCCAGCAUCAGACAAGUUCUCAGAUACUUCAUAAAGAACUUUUCACAUCUGAAAAUGAGCAGGUCAGGCUGAAUGGGUCCCUGUUGAAGGACAAUAUUGAGUCCUCAAAACCUGAUGAAAAUGUUGAGGAACUGGUGUCUCACACCUGGGAUUAUGUGCACCAGAAAGAACCCCCAAGCCCCAAGAUGAAUGAUCAUGAAGAGACCAGAGAGGAGAAAGGUUUUAGAGCAGAAAUAUGGCAAACUGAUAAUCUACCAAAGAGGGAAUCUAAGCCUGCACCCCAGUGGGAACCACUGAAAGGAAAUCACAUUGAUCGUCGUGAGACUGUUGGAAAAAUGACAGGUAGAAGAUCUGGACCGAUUAAGAAACCAGUACUUAAAGACCUCAAGACUGAGAAGGCUGAAGAAACGGAAAAAGUAAAGUUGGAAUCUGUUCUGAAGAGCAGUCACACUAAGGCAGAACAGACCAAGACUGAGAACAAAAUGCUGAAAACCAAUGGAGGAAUGGUGUCAUCAUCGCAAACCUCUUCUUUAUCGAAUGUUAGACCUGAAAUGACGGCCCUCCCAGUGCCUUCAGCUAAAUUUGAAUGGGAAAUGGAGAAACUGCAAAAAAAGGAAAAUAAGGCAUGGGAGGUAAGACCAGUGAAUAAAGAUUGCAUUGAUUUUCCUACACCACAGAGAAGGAACUGGGUUGAAGAUGAUGAACAUAACUUGAGUAGUAGGAGCCAAGGACGAGGGAGGGGCAGAGGGAGAGGAGAUUUUUAUGGCCGGGUUGGAGACGCCAGAGGUUUGUACAACAACUUGAGCAGAGGAACUCGUCAGACUCCAAAGGACUACAGUAAUCCUUUAGAUGACAGCCAAAAGAGCUCUUCCCGCCGUCGAAAUGCUAGCGAGACACGCAGUGAGGGGUCUGAAUAUGAAGAUAUACCAAAACGACGGAGACAGCGGGGAUCUGGAACUGGCAGUGAAGGCACCAGUGAUAUAGUAUAUUCAGACAGAGAGGGGAAAAAUGUGUUUAAAGACUCUGUCAAGAAAUCUAAGAGGAUACCAUCUGAUGGGCCAAUUGUUGGUGAAGUGGAGGAUGAAAGAGGGCCCCCCAAAGUGUUUGAGAGGGCACUGCCACCUCGCUUGAGCAACCCUGGGCGAGGGCGUAACUUUGCCUCUCGAGGGAUGUCCUCCAGACAAAAUAGAGGCGGCGUGUGCAAGGUAAAUGGUACUUACCAGCUAAAUGGUGAUGUUUCCACCUGCAUGUUGUUGUCCAAAAGGCAGCCUCUAAAGGAAUCUACAAAAGUGCUGAACAGACCUUUGGAAGUGGCACUUGAGAAUACUGGGGAGGAAAAUGGAGUCAGAGACAAAACUCUGCUUUCUGGAAACUCGGUUGUAGAUGAUCAACCACCCAAAAGAGAGCGAUCGAUGGAUAUGCCCCCAAGGAGGAGACGCCCUCCCAGGCAGGACAAACCUCCAAGAUUCAGGCGCCUCAAACAAGAAAAAGACGCAGCCACUGAAGUGAAAAGUGAAGUAGCUGUUCCUGCAGACCAUGGCAUAUCUAAUAUGACUGCAAGGACUGAUGAUCAGGAAAUGGCUUCUCUUGUAGCUGGCAAUAAGUCACCAGAUCUGUCUAAUCAAAAUUCUUCUGACCAAGCUAAUGAGGAGUGGGAGACUGCUUCUGAAAGCAGCGACUUUACAGAGAAACGAGACAGAGAGAAUAGAAUAUGCCAGAACAACCUACCGCCUGAAGUGGAUGUGCCAGAGAGUAGUCUGGGACAGAGGAAAGAGUUAGCUAAGCGCAGUUUCUCUAGCCAGCGGCCAAUUGAUAGGCAAAACCGCAGGACGAAUCCAGGCUAUGGUGGAAAAACUCCAAAAACUAAUGGGACUGGUUCAAGGAAUGAAAAGGCAGUUGGGCAACCAUCAAGGAACAAAAGGUAUGUAGAAGAACAACAUUGUGAUCAAGUAGCAGUGAAUGGAGGGAAUGUCAACACGGUGUACUGUGUAGAUCGAGUCAUUCCCCAUGAUCCAGUGGCUGUCCAAAAUGCGAUGAAGGAUGUAUCAAGUAAAAAGAAGGAAAAGGAUGUGAAACCUGGCGUAAAAAAGACAAAAGAAAAGACUGAUGCUUUAGCUCAAUUUGAUUUAAAUAAUUAUGCAAGUGUUGUCAUUAUUGAUGAUCACCCAGCUGUAGCUGUGGAGGAGCAGCAGUCCGUGUCAACUGUGAACGAUGGAUUCACUGAAGUAAUCUCAAAAAAACACCGCCGUUUGCUUGAGGAAGAGCGCAGGAAGAAAGAGCAGACAUCGCAAGCACCUGGUAAAAACAGGAAUGAAAAGAGCUGGACAUCUUCAUCCAAGAUUCCUCCUCGAUUUGUCAAAAAGCAGCAGCUCUCCAAUUCGGUCACUGAACAGCCAGAGGAUAAUUCCUUCUCCAAGGGGCAGGCCAAUAGUCUAGGAACAGAGAUUUGGGAAAACUCCAGUGCAACUGUUCCUGUUCAGCCUGCCAAUGGUGACACAUGGGUGAAACCUCUGAACUCAUUUACAGGAUCUGAAUCUGCAUGCACUGAGGCAUCCCAACCAUUCGACUACUCCAUCUUGCAGAGUUUUAAGGCAAGUCAGCCUGACAGCGGAGUCGAACUGAGUGCUGAUUCCCAAGGUUCAUCUGCAACUUCAUCUCAGCGAAGCUCACCUUACGGUGCACUCAAACCAGAGGGAGGUGUAAUGACUGAAAUCAAUGGAACUAGCACAGACACAUCAGUUGAUAAAUCAAAUGGGAAAACAGAUGAUCCCAAGGAACAACGGCAAAAGCCAACGAGACCGGAGAACAAGAUUUCAGAGCCAGCCGCUGGACAGAAUAAGGACCACAAGCCAGGACCAAUAGGAAAUGAACGGUCUCUGAAAAACAAGAAGGCUAAGGAGUGCCUGGAACCAGAGGGAGUAGAGCGCAGUGAUGGUGGCAUCACUUCAACCAACACAGCUGACAGCAGACCAAACACCAAGUCAGGUUUGGACUUACAUGUAGACGCUGUCAUCCCAGUUCCCCCAAUCGAGUUUGGAGUGAGCCCAAAGGAUUCUGAUUUCAACUUGCCGCAGAAUUCAGUGCCAAAUCCUGUUUCCAAGUCGAUCACCAAAUUGCAGGAUGUUUUGGCUAACAAUGUUACUCUGAGCCAAUCAAUCCCGAUUCUCCGAAGGGAGCAUCUGCAGCAGGGUCCCAACCUCACUCCAGUGUCUCUUCCAAGCACUGACCUCACUUUAAAGAUGGAAUCUGCCCGUAAGGCCUGGGAAAAUUCUCCUAAUGUUACUGAACAGAGUUCUCCUGGCAGUAAUAGUACAAGUACGCAGACCCCAUGCAACACAGGACCUCCUAGUGGGGUAGGCUACAGCUCAAUUGGGUGUUCUUCUGUACCACCUAUGCCCAUGGUGUCAGUUGCACCUUCAGUGUCUUUGCCAGGGAGUCAUAUUUCUCCUUUGUAUAUGGAUGGCCAUGUGUUUGCCAGUCAGACCCGUCUCCUCCCUCAAUCAAUUCCACAACAGCAAGGUUUCCAAGCUGGACUGUCGCAGGCUGCUGCAACACAUCAGAUUCCAAUUCCCAUGCACACUUCCUUACAAGCCCAGGCACCCCUUGGAUUGCGAAAUGGGCUUCCCGUCUCUCAGUCCCAGGAAAUGUUCAGUUCAAUGCAACCGUUCAGAUCCCAAGUGUACAUGCACCCCAGCCUGUCUCAACCAUCCACAAUGGUCCUCUCGGGGGCUCCUCUGAAAACUCCAUACACAGCGUUCCCUGCUGUUCCAGCUUCUGAUAUGGUUAAACCACAGCCUGGGUCUCAUUACCAAGCAAUCGGUGGAAAUCAGCCCCUCAUGUAUGAAAGCCAACUGAACCAGCCUGGACUCACCACUUCACAGAUCAUGGACUCCCAGCUGAUACAGGUGACCAUGUCUAUGCCCGGAUCCCAGCUGACUCUGCCUAGGUUUGGCUCAGGCCAGCAGCAACUGAUUGCGUUAACUCAAUCCAUCCAGCUUCCCCAAGCACAGAGCUUGAGUGUUGGUGGGACCAGAAGGCUCUUGCCCCCAGGAUCCCAGCCUCCUAUUCUACCCACUGGCAGAGAGAUUCCCCAAAUGGAUCUUAAAGCAUUUCAAUUUGCAGACAACAAACAAGUUUCCUCUGGGAUGUCUGGAGGUCCUGUCCCAAAUCUCUUCAGACCCAGUUGCACAAGUCCAAAUGGGAAACCAUCUGGAGCUGGACCAGCUGCUAACUCAAUGGGCUUGAAUAUACCAGGAGCCAUCCAGGGGCACUAUCCCCAACAGAUGCCACCCCCACCGCAGGGCAACAUGAUCAUGCACAUGAGGCCGCCCAAUGUUGGAACCUACCCUACUCCCAUUCAGCGCCCCGUGAUACAGAUGAACAAGGGCCCCAUUGCACCUCCCAUUGCAGUACGACCACCUCGAAUGCACAGCUCCAGUCGAGAGAAUCCAGCAGCCACAAUGCGAACUUGCAACUCUGAAAGGGGGGGAGAAGAGGAUCUCAAGGCUAAACAGAGGGCUGAAGUGCUGCAGUUAACCCAGAAGUUCUUUGAGCAGCAUCAGCAGGGAAAGCUCGCUAACCUUGGCCAGAAAAUAGAACCAGGCACCACUAUUGCUGAUCGUGGAGAAGAGAGCCCAAGCUUAAAUGUGCCGAAUAUUCAGGACCCAGCCAGUGAGGCUGUGACACAGGAGAGAGCUGUUUGAAUUGGACCAGUCGAGUACCAUGACAUUAAAGUGGAAGAUGGGGGAAGCAUAAUGAUCCCCUGCAGUUUAAAAAAAAAUGAUAUAUAUCUAUAUAUAAAAAUCAGAAUGGACUUGGGACUUCUGGAAUGCUAAGACUUCAUUUUUUUAAAAAAAGGUUUGAUGUUUCAUUUGCUGCUCAGUCUUGACAAAGCAGAGAGUUAAACGGAUACCAGUGCAAGGUAAUGUGAACUCUUGGAGGUUUUUGUACUACUCAUUGGAGAAUAACUCUUACACAGUUGAAUUCAGGAUUUCCACCCCACUAAGGCAAGAGAGCAUCCUUUUGAAGUGGUGUAGUCUGGCUAUACAGAGCAAUGUAUUCGAGUUCUGACUGUUGGCAUGUUGCCAUGUUUUCCUUUCCUAUACAGUGUGGUGUGCCUGAUGUCACUGCAUCAAAACCUGAUGCAUUACCUAACUUUAAGUGACCAGUUACUUUAUGAAUGGGGGACAAAAAUCAGAAAUAUGGUGGCAUAUGUAAUAUAUUUCUAUGACAUUCAUGCAGGUGAACACAGCUGUAGGUUGUCACUCAAUAAUCCACUUAUAUUUGUUUUGGGCACACUGUAUGAGAAGUAAGGCUGUUCAGGAUAAGUUGUUUCAGCUUGUUCGUUACUGACAAGUUAAACUUCUACAGUAGCAGGUUUUGAAAGCAUCACAUUUUGUACAUGUUCAACAGUACAGCACAAUAUUUAACAGUAUUAAAUUACAAUCACAGCAGACGUUUUACACUUGACAGAAUGGUGGCUGUGAGAUUACUUCAUUGCGUAGUCUUUUGCUAUUCAUUUGCACAUGUGUGCACCAUUGAGAUGCUGCAGCAACAAAAAUAUCAAUAAUAAUAAUUCACUUUUUUAUUUUGAAAUUGACUCCCAAAUUCGCUUGCCUGCAAUUUUGAUAAACGGAUUAAUUCUAUCCUGAGAGUUUGUUGACUGUGUGAACCACUUCAUGCUAUACACUUUGCCCUAAAACAAUUAAGAAUGGGUUAUGGAGUCAUUGACUGUAUAUCCAAAAUAGACAGUUGAACCAUUUUAAGUUGGCCGUUAACACGUAUUUUCUUAAAGUGUAAAAUAUAAAUGGUUCUAAUCCAGCACAGAGGUUCAUGUGACUACUUUGAGAAGAGAGACUUUGCAAAUCAAGAAUCCUUUCCUGAAGAAGCAUGACACCAAAUAAGGAAUAGAUACUCAUUUACAAAAGGUAGUACCAUGCUUUCAGUCAUGACCUGUAUAAUGCAUGUGGAUAAAUACAGUAAAUAAAUGUGCAUAUGUAGUUCUGGGCUCCUGCAAUAACUUGGCAACUUUAACAUCAGUAUUAAUGGACUACUGCAGAUAGUCCUGUUAAGGGUAAACUUUCCUUAUCUUUGGUAUUUAGAUUUUUACACUCCACUGUACAUUGUUCUCUAGCGCACAUCCAACAUGAAUUUUGUCCUCCAUUUGUCUGCAAGCAACUGAAUCCCAUGUCAUGAAAUUUAGAAUCCAAGGAUUGAAGUUCCACAGUGGUAUUCUGCUAAGUGAUCUGUGUUGACAUUUGCCCUCUAUUGUAAAAAUCAAACUUAGUGGGAGGAAUUAAUUCAGCUUACUUGCCACCACCAAACUGGUACAAACUGGUCUAUUUGACACUGUUGCUGGGUUGGAGUUAGCACUACAUUGUACUAUUGAAUGUGAUUUGUGCGCUACGUUUCACCUGGGCUCCUGCCUCUGGUCGGGGCUGUUCCAGUAACUUGCUGCCACCAAACGGUUCAGAGUACUGCUGUAAAUUCAUGUUUGUGUCUCAGCUGAACUUCUAGCUGUUAUGAAUAGGCCAUCCCAAGAUUUUCUGAUGCAUAUAACUAAAUAUAGCGCCACGCUGAACUCUGCAACAACAGUUCAAAACUGCAGACAUUCUCUAUACUGAAUUGCGUCCUUUGUUUUCAAGUGUGACACAGGUUAUGUCCAAGUUGUCAAUGCAGAUGGAAUGUGUGACAGAGGUUGGCAGAACAGUUAACAUUUUAACUGAAAUGGAAGCUACCAAUUCACUUUUUCUUUGGUGUUGUAUCAAAUUAUAAUUUUUAUAUAUUUGAUUAUAGUUAUUAAAUUUGGAAAGUAAAAUUGCAGGACUUAAUCAGGACUGUCACUAAAGUAAUUCCUUUAACAUGAUUAGUCCUCAAGCACUAAUGAGGAAAGUCCAAUUUAACAUUUUAAUGAUUGUCUAAACUUAAUGUCUUCUAAUGCUGGCUGCAUCGGAUUCCAUAUAGUGUCGAUCAACAUUGUACAAAGCUGUGUCGCUGAAGGUCAUUUAAGUACCUGCGACAGAUGAUGUGUAAUUAGAGAAAAGGGAAGAUGGUCAGAUAGGAGACAGUGAAUCAUGUGGUUGGUAAGAGCCCAAACAAAAGGGUGAAUAACUUUGUAAAUCUAUCAGUUUGUGAGCCCAAUUGACAAGACUUCCUUUAAAACGAUUAUAAUUUUCACAUUGAGCUUGUUUUUCUCAGGUGGGAGAGGAGAAAUGGAGUUGCUUGUGUCUUCCCCUAUUUUUACAGAACCCCCAUUCAGUGCCAUUCUAACUCUAAUCUGUUCUUGUAGAUGUUUUUUUGUGACUCUAAAAUUUAAUAUCUUUUCCCACCAUGUUUGUGAAAUGCUGAAAUUAAUUGUGGCAAAAUUAACCAGUACUUGGGUAACUAGAAGGACCAGGAUCUUACAAUAGAUUAUAAAUUUGGCAAGUUCGUCAGCUUCUUAAGAAUAUUGACUUUAGUAUUUACUUUGAAAUUGACUUUGCAAGAACAUCAAAGAAAAAAGUAAUUUUCAAUUGGGUUGAGGAGUCAGCAAGAGCCUGAGCUGGUCACCUGGGCUCCUCUUGUCGAAAGCUAGCCUAUUGAUCACUCAUCUGCAGGUCAUUGUUAAUCAGCCUGUUGAUUCUCCCUAAAGAUUCUGGUGUUUUAGUUGAGAGACACAGCCCCCGCCUGUGAAAUGAGGUUGUCUUCACCAUGAUUUUUAUUGUAGCUUCAGAAAGUAGCAAUGGUGCUCUUUCCCUGUGCAGCUUAACUGAGAGCUCGGGUAGACAUGGUGUCAUCUGUGUUCUGGCAAAACGGUUUGUUUGAAUUGCAGGUUUUAAAUGGGGAAAGCAAACUUGCUCAUGGCUCAUAGUGAUCUGAAAUUGUAAAGCCCUCCAUGACAAUUCUGGUAAAGCUUUUUGCUCAAUUGGCACAAGAAGCACUUGUAACCUGAGUGCAGACACUUGUGUUAUAUUUGAUUUCUUUUGCUCCCUUCCUCCUAAGAGAGAGAGUGAUGUGUCGACUGAGGUGCAUUCCCAAGGAGUGAAGUGGCAAGCAGCUCUGGAACUUGGAUCCUUGGCCAUCCAGUUGGUCGUCUGUUUUCUUUUAGUUGUGUGCUGUUGGCAUUGUAACCCAUUUUAAUUGGGCUUUUUCCACAACUUUAAGGAUUUCGCACGGAUUUAUUUUCUUUUACAGUACUAAUGAACAGAUCUGUGAUGCUCUGCUUGAGACUCUGUCUCUGAGCUUCUGCCACUGAAACCCUAAGCACCACUGUGUGCGUGUGUGUGUGUGUGUUGUGUCGCAGUCUAGCCAACAAGUGGGUGAUGUUCAUCUCCCAUAGCCCACAAUACAGCUGCCAGUCCCCAACUGUUUUGUGCUACUGUCUGACAUUAUUGUAGAUAGGGAACCUGUGGCUUGCUCCUCGCUUUUUGUUUAAGCAGGAAUAAUUCACCUCAGAUUCAACAUGGCGAGCAGACUAAAUAAAAGAAAACAGAUUCCUUUCACAUUUUAAAAAAAACUUUCCCUAUAAAGGGCAAUGGUUUUGCUACAAAAUAGAUAUCCCCUAAUGCAUUGCUCGGAGUGCUCGUGUAAUCAGUGAAACUGUCCCACUGAAGAGUUCUUCCUCUGAAUCAAUGGUCUCUUCUGAACACUACAUUAUUUAAUAUGUACUGAUGUGCAGAAAUAUGCCAGCAAAAAGGGUAUGUUUCACAGUGAUCAAUUAUUUAUAUAUUGUCUGACAACUCUGUGUAAUGGUGGGGCCAAAAGACAUGUGCACGUUUUCAGAAAUCUGUUGGCUUGUACCUUCCUAAACUAACCCUUGCAAAGUGUCUGAUUUAGUUCUUUGCUGUCAAGUGAAUGACUUAAAUAUUGUACAGCAUUAUGUAGUUAAAGUUUUUAAUUGUUUUGAUUUUAUAAUGUACAGUGGCUCAAUUAACAAGAGUUAUUUCCAGGCAGUGACAGUGCGGUAAUUAUACUGCUGUGAAACAAAACAAUCCAUGGAUAUUUUCAGAGGAGGGUUUCCACAAUGGGAGGAAAAGAUCUCCCUCAAUUACCUUGUGUGUUACUGUUGCAUCCUGUGCAGUGCAGAUAUUCAGCAUGAUUUUAAUUGAUGCAGGUUCACUUUCAACAUUGUCAUAAUGUGUAUGCCCCUGUUGUGGUGCUGAACAUAUUACCUUUGUCAGUUCAAUGAUUUUUUUUAUUUUGUUUUCAGAAAAGCUUGUUCAGCCAGAAAGGGAGAAGUGUAUUAUAGUUGAUUUUUUUUAUGUUUAUGACUAGAUUAAUCAAAUUCAUAUCAAAACCUGCUAUAGGAUGGGAAGCAGAGACAUUUUUACAUUCUCUACACUUCCCUGAUGUGUUAUAUAUCUUACGAAUGUUCUGGUCCCCAGCUCUAUAUCCUUUUAUAUUUUUUUUAUAAAGUUCGACUUCUAUUCCAAUAAGAGUUAGAAGCUCUGAAAAGAUUGCUUGAUAGACAUUUACAUGGAACAUUUUGUUUGUUUAUAACCAGAAACGUGCAUCUUAGUCUUUUGGCCUUAUCUAUUCUUGUUUUUUUCGUGUAGAUUUGAUAUUUGAAAGGACAGACAGUGGAUAUGUUGUGUACACUGAGGAGUUAUUUAUUAAUGAGGCUUGAACUGUUUGAGUGUGUGCUGGCCUCUGGUUUACAGUUCAGUACCUAUUGUUUAUCCUUUCAAAUAUGUGAUUUGUAAUAGCUCUUUCCAUAUGAAAGGAUCUGGUUUAUUUAAAUAAAGCAGCUGAUGCUUUUUUCACAUGACCAAAUAAAGUGUUAUCUUUUUU